UUCCAGGCUGUCUUCCUCCUCUUCCCGACCCUACGAAUUGAUUUACGACACUGUCGUCUAACGGCGGGUCUUUACGGCAGCGAGAAACGGCACUACGGCAGCGGCCGUGGCAGCGAGAGCGGGAGUUUGGGCGUCAGUGGCGGUGGCGGUGGCGGUGGCGGAGCCGGCGCCGGGCGGAAGCGACGGGGGCGAAGGAUCCGGGCGUUUAGGUCAGACCAGGGCCGAGACCGGGGCCAGGACGCGAGGCAGGAGGAGGCGGCGGCGGCGGCGGGAGGGUUGAUGCCCGGUGGCGGGGGGAGCCCGGCGCCCUGCAGUCUCCUGCCCGCCUCGGAGCCGCGGGGGGGCGAGGAGGCAGUGGCGACGGGGCCCGGGACCGGCGGCCCCGGGGGCUCCUCCUGCGGUGGUGUCGGGGGUCCCGGGCCGGGCGGCUCCUGCAACAGCAGCGGUCCUGGAGGUAGAAUGAGUCUGUCCCCGAAAGAGCUCUCCAGCCUGCUGGGGAUCAUCUCGGAGGAGGCUGGGGGCGGCAGCACCUUCGAGGGCCUGUCCAGCGCCUUCCAUCACUACUUCAGUAAGGCGGACCAUUUCCGCCUAGGCUCGGUGCUCGUGAUGCUGCUCCAGCAGCCAGACCUGCUGCCCAGCGCGGCUCAGCGCCUCACCGCCCUCUACCUGCUCUGGGAGAUGUACCGUACCGAGCCCCUCGCGGCCAAUCCCUUCGCAGCCAGUUUCGCCCAUCUGCUCAACCCGGCGUCCCCCAGCCGCGGCGGUCAGGAGCCCGACCGGCCCCCGCUCUCAGGAUUUUUGCCUCCUAUAACUCCACCAGAAAAGUUUUUUCUUUCCCAGCUAAUGCUGGCCCCACCAAGAGAACUCUUCAAAAAGACACCUCGACAGAUUGCCUUAAUGGAUGUAGGAAACAUGGCCCAGUCAGUGGACAUCAGCGGGCUUCAGCUAGCAUUGGCUGAACGGCAAUCUGAAUUACCAACACAAAGCAAGGCUAGCUUCCCUAGCAUUCUCAGUGACCCAGAUCCAGAUUCUUCAAAUUCUGGUUUUGAUAGUUCUGUUGCCUCACAGAUCACAGAAGCUUUAGUCAGUGGACCAAAGCCACCUAUUGAAAGUCACUUUCGACCAGAAUUUAUCCCGCCACCUCCACUCCAUAUUUGUGAAGAUGAACUUGGCUGGUUAAACCCAACAGAGCCUGAUCAUACCAUUCAGUGGGACAAAUCCAUGUGUGUUAAAAAUAGCACUGGUGUUGAGAUCAAACGUAUAAUGGCUAAAGCUUUUAAAAGUCCCUUGUCUUCUCCACAACAAACACAGCUCCUUGGGGAGUUAGAAAAAGAUCCCAAACUCGUUUAUCACAUUGGCCUCUCUCCUGCCAAACUGCCUGACCUUGUGGAAAAUAAUCCUCUAGUUGCCAUAGAAAUGUUAUUGAAAUUAAUGCAGUCAAGCCUAGAUAACAGAAAUUUUUCAGUCCUGGUCAACAUGGACAUGUCUUUACAUUCAAUGGAAGUUGUAAAUCGACUUACAACAGCUGUUGAUCUACCUCCUGAGUUUAUUCACCUCUAUAUAUCAAAUUGUAUCUCUACCUGUGAGCAGAUUAAGGACAAAUAUAUGCAGAACCGUUUGGUGCGGCUUGUAUGUGUCUUUCUCCAAUCUUUGAUCCGCAACAAUAUAAUUAAUGUACAGGACUUAUUCAUAGAAGUGCAAGCAUUCUGUAUUGAAUUCAGUCGGACAGAAGCAGCAGGCCUUUUCCGAUUAUUGAAGACAUUGGAUACAGGGGAAAAUCCUUCUGAGACUAAGACUUCCAAAUAAGGCCUCAUCAGUUCUGCAUAUCACUUGGUGUUUUAAUUUUAAAAACUGUUAGAACCCUGAAUGGACAUUUGCCCAAAACUUUGCUUUUUUUUUUUUUUUUUUGCUACUGAUUUUCCUUUAAAUCAGUCUUCUGGAUGAAAUAAAACUACUUGGCUGUCUUGAUGACAGUGAUCCAUGGAAAGAACUACUAUCCUGAACUAGAGAGCAAGCUUCCUGUUUUGGUUUAUAGGAACAGCGAUACAUUUAAGUUCCCAAAACCCAGGCCAAACUUAUAAGGAACUAUUUAAAUGGAAAUAAAGAAAAGACUGAACUGAAUCUUUAGUUUGAAUCUCAGAAUGGAAGGAAAAUUAAAAGUGUUCAUUAAACACACUAUGAACUUGCUAAAGAAAAAUUUGUACCCUUUUACCCUUUAAGCUUCUUGGACUGAUAACCUGUUCUUGUUGACUUUUCAAUUUGGGUACUCAUAAAAAUAAUCCAUUAUUAAUUCUAUUUUUGUCGAGUUUAAAAGGUUCAACAAAAGAACAAACAUGUUCUAGGGAACAAUUAAGGAAGAAUUUGGGGAAAAUAGCAAGAAGGAAAUAUUUUGAAUGGUGAGGGAUGAAGAUGGAAAUCUUUGAAAAGAAAGGAAGUAUAAUGCAACUGCAAGCUGGUAUUUAAGCCCUAAUCUAUCUUAACUUUGGACAACAGUGCCUACCUCAAAAAAAAAAACAAACAAAAAACCCCCCCAACCCAUACAUAUAGUUCAAUUUAUAUUUUUCAGCAAAAUGUGUAGUGCUUUAUUACCCACCCUGUCUUUCCUUUGUCAGAAGGAGCUAUGUUUGUUUCAUUCCUGAAUUUAUUGAAUAAAUAGCCUUUUCGAUGAGGUGGGGGAUUUAUGAGUUCUUAUUUAUACUUGGAGGAAGAAAUACCUUUUGUAAAAAGUGGCGUGAGCCUGAAGACUUAACUAAAUAAUAAACAAUGCUUUUCUGUUCCAGUGGCUGAACUUUUUUUGAGAAAUUAAAAAUUAAGGAAAAAUUAAAAUUGGUUGUGGAAGAGACAUUGUUACUAGAUUUUUAAAUUUCACAUAGAGUUCCUGUCCUUUAACUCAAGCCAUUUGCAAAUGGAUAGAGAACUCAAAUCUGCUUUUUCAAUAAAAUUUUGUUGCUUUGAAAAUUCCAUGCGGGAAUUACACUGAUUUUUCAAAGAUUUUUGAGUUCCAAAUUUUUCUUCCCCUUCCCCAAGACAGCAAGAUAGAGGUGAAAGAAGAAUCAACCAAGAGGAAAAAAAAGUGGAAAACAGGUCUCUCUCUGCAUUCAGUUCCUGAGGUCUCUUUGGAUUGCUGCUAUACUGCAGGUUUUCUUCUGAAAUCUGCCUGUCGUUUCCACAAUUGACUGGUAUCCCCAUUAAUUUCCAAUUCUUUACUACCACCAAAAUAUGUACCACAUGUUUUUGUACAUGUGGGCCAUUUUUUAUUACUGCCUGGGUCAAAGAUGCAUAAUUUGGGCAUAGUUCCAAAUUAACAGAAUGGUUGGAUCAAUUCACAACUCUACCCAACAACCCAAUUUUCCCCACAUCAACAUUUUUUGUCUAAUCAGUAGUCUAAUAAUUCUCAGUCCUCUAUAUAAUUGUUAAGCGGUUUUUAUUUUAAUCCUGUGAAUAGGAAUUAUUAAUUUCUGGGAUUUGUGCAGGCUUGGGUGAAGGAUGGAGUGGAAGCAGAAAGCUCACCUGUAGAGAAAGUGAGAAUAGCUACCUCUAGAGAAGAGCCAGUGAUAGUGGAAAGAGGUUGAAAGGAGGCCAAUGAACUGUGAAAGAACAGAGAAGAAAAAACGAAGAGACCCUAGUCCAACUCCAUCAUUUCAAAAUGAAGAAUCUGGUCAUCACAAACCAGUACAAAGUCAUGAAACUCAAAGGAUAUCCAAUCCAAUCUGUACAGUAUGAGCUCUGCCUCUUAGGGAGAAGAGAAUCCUAGGGCCCAGGAUGAAAAAAUGACACCAGAACCUUGGCUUAUUGCAAGAGUAUAGAAAAAAAUUCUCAAUAGAGCACUUUCUAUUUCGCCUUUUUUCAAUUCAAUUCAAUCUGUUCUAUGGCAGUGCAUUUCAUUGGUUUGUACAAGUUAUUAAGAACCAUAACAGAGCUACAAGGAACACGGGUAAAACAUACUGGGUGUUUCCUGCUGAGAAUAAAAAUUAUUUGGUCAAUUUCAACCAAUUCAGCUUCUUAAAACUGACAAAAUAAAGGAAUGACAUCACCAGUAUCAGGCAAACAAUAUCUGGCUCUUAUUAAUUUCACUUAAUUGAAUUGUGAGCUUGAUUGUGGGGUUUGUUUGUUUUUUGUUAUAGUGAGGCAAUUGGGCCAAGUGGCUUGCCCAGGGUCACAUAGCUAGUGUCUGAGGACAGAUUUGAACACAGGGUACUCCUGACUCCAGGGCCGGUGCUCUAUCCACUGCGCCAUCUAGCUGCCCAAAAUGUGUUUUUAAAAUAAUGGCAUUUAGGUUUCUGUACCUUUUCAAAGAGAUGGUAUUUUUCCUUAAUUGAGAUAAAUUCUAAAAUUGACAAAUACAGCAAAAAAAUCUGACAAAUUCUUUAAAAAAAUAUCAGAUAAGCCAAAAAAUUGAUCUUUAAUUCCCCAUCCUUUCUUUUGAAAAUUUACUAGUUUUUAGUUAUUCACAUGAUUAACAACAAAAAGGGCCCUUGAUUUGUAUAGAUGUCUUUAAC